GGCAGAGCAUGUGUAAAGCGGCAGAGUAUAUAAAGGUAUGAGCUGACACCGGCGUGGCUUCUGCCAGCUAAAUAUCACGGUUAGAAAAGAAAAGCGUGGGGCUGGUUUGGAGCUUCUGCUGCCCGACGGCUCUUCCUGUGAGAAUUUACGACGCACCAGACACAAGCUCAACAUGGUGCAGCUGUCUCCUUCCCCUACCCUGGAUCUCACCCCUCCACCUGAGCAUGCAACAGAGGGAGAGGGAAAACAAGAGGACUCAGUGACUGGUAGUAGCCUGAAAAUGGGAUCCCCCGGUGGGCUGAACACCCUGCAGUUCGGCAUUGAAGUCUCCACUAUCUACCAUGGCUACGAAACCUACAUAGAAGAUGGCCUCAUCUGCCUCAAACACAAAGUCCGCAACCUGGAAAAAAAAAAACUGAAACUGCAGGGCUACAAGAAGAGGCUGAGGCAGGGUGAGGUGCUAAACAAAGAUCAAAUGGCAGCUGUGGAGAAGUAUGCAGAGGUGCUACACAACCUGGAAUUUGCACGGGAGCUCCACAAAACCCUGGAUGGCUUGACUCAGAAUCUGCUUAAGGCCCAGAAGAAAGUCAUGAAAAAGGAACAGAUGGCUAAGGUGGAGGCUGAAAGGAGACGUCUGGCUACUGUACUUCAGGUCCAUCACCUUCUUGCUAGCCUGCAGGAGGAGCAUGUCAGGAGAGACCUCCUUGCCGGGUGCAAUCAGGCACCCUGUGUUCCAGCUCAGCAGCUACAUAGCCUGACCCAACUCACCACCCUGUUUGGUGUCAAGAGGGAUAACAGACUGAGUUUAAAAGAGCAGAUGGAACAGGCGGCUCUGGCCUACUUGGACCUGCUGGAGGGAAAAGAAAAGCCAGUGGCUGGAUCCUCAUUUAAACUAUUGAAAGAAGAGCUCACUAAGCUGUUGAACUGCAAGUACUUCAGUUGUCUUCCACCUUCGCUGACCAAGACUCCAGCCAGCCACAGUACCGUACUUAAAUCAAAAUCAAAUGAAGUUUCAAAGGAGUUUUUUAAUAGACUGUGUGUGGCUGACAUGGAAAAUGAGCAGGAGCCUCCUGACUGCUGGGAUAUGGAGUUCCCAGAUGGAUCUUCAUCACCGCAAACUGCAGCUCUCAAAUCAUGGAGAGGAGCUGCCACUUUAAUACCUAAAGUCAUUCCAGCCACCUCAAGGAAGCAAUCUGCAGACUGCAAACAGAGGAAAGAGAAGAAAGUCAAACAGGAACCAAAUUCUAAGUUGGUAGUUGACAUGGAUCUACCUGUGGAGGAUUUCAUUUCUGCAACUACCUUACCUAAGGAUCCCAUCCUGAGAAAGCAGCAUCUUGAGGACCUCAUGACAAAUAUCAAUGGCUCCUUCAGUUUCAUGCAGGACUCUCUCCUAGAUGGUGAGAGCCUGUCCACGAAUGGCCAGCCUAGACUGAAGAGACAGCCUUCUGGAUCGCCCUCUCUUCUGGCUAAAACAGGCUUGAGAAGCCCAAUUGAUGUUCUACCCAAAACGAUGCAUUCCACUCCACUGCAGACCAGACUUUUGGAGCGCAGAGCCAGUCAGACUAAUGGAAAUCAGAACCAGGAGACCUGUGACCUAGAACUUUCCUCAAAGGACCUACCUCAUGAGCCACUUCAGCUGUCUGAAAGCGAGAUUUUUCCUUCACCGCCACUGUACCGUCGGGAGUCAACUGUCUCUAACAGUCUGGAGGAGAACAGCUGUCCUAGGACACCAGUAACUGAUUCAGGGAAGCAGUCUCCCUGUAAUGGGGUCGCAUCCUGCACUUCCACCCCUGCUCAGGGACAGACUUUCUCUACACCACCCACCAGACGAUCUCUGACCUCUGCACAGUUUCAGAACAUCCAGUCAGUCUUCAAAGUGAACACCUCCUUAACCCAGGCAGGGGACGUGACCUAUAAAUCAGAUUCUGGAGCUUUUUCUGAGCCCAGGUACACCACUGCCAGCACCCAAACACCACCUGAGUUUGCUCCCUCAGAAGAGGAGCCACAGCCAGUGUACCAGCCAGAUUACUCAGUGGGUAAUGGACAGCUCUUCCUGUCCCCGAGCCAGUUGUGUGGUGUGAGUCGACCCAGCCAAUCAUACUAUACCAGAGGCUCUGUGAGAGGUAUGGCACGUGGUGGCAAGGCACUGACUCAAACCUUUCGCUCCUCGGGGUGGCAACGAGGGGGAUCCUAUAUCUCUCCAACUCAUCUCAGGGACUCUGGCCCUCUCCUCUAUGCUCCUAGAGACUCAGGGUACCAGCACAACUACAGGCGAGGAGGGAGACAUAACACCAGUGCAGCCUGGAGUGACUCUUCUCAGGUGAGCAGUCCAGACCGGGAGGGAGCGUUCACAAUUGUGGAUUCAGGUCAUGGGGAUUCCCUGUCCGUCUCUACUGUGGAAGUCCCGGUCACUCCCCAUGGCCACCAACACACCACACUGCUGCCCAUGCAACUCUACCCACUCUCCCAGCCUCUGCGAGUGGCUUUCACUGCCUCUCGCACUGCCAACUUUGCCCCGGGCAACCUUGACCAGCCCAUUGUAUUUGACCAACUCCAUAGCAACCUAGGGGAGAUGUAUGACACCCACAUUGGCCGCUUUACCUGCCCUGUAAAUGGAACCUAUGUCUUUAUCUUCCAUAUCCUGAAGCUUGCCAUCAAUGUGCCACUCUAUAUUAACCUCAUGCGUAAUGAGGAUGUGAUGGUGUCGGCAUACGCAAAUGAUGGAGCCCCAGAUCAUGAGACGGCCAGCAACCAUGCCAUAUUGCCUCUCUUCCAGGGAGACCAAGUGUGGCUCAGGUUGCAUCGUGGAGCAAUCUAUGGCAGCACUUGGAAAUACAGUACCUUCUCUGGCUUUCUGCUGUAUCAGGACUGAACUGCGGUCAGCCAGAUGGCCCAUUUCUCCUAGCGUGUGGACUGUUUGCUAGUCACUAAAUGGUGACUCCACUGACAUUUCAGUAUUGUAGUCAGGCUGCAUGCCAGUGUCCCUUUUCACAAUAAAACUUGUUCAUUACAUGGCUGAAAUGCAACUGGACAAUUUGCACACUGUACCUGUUUUCAAAGGGGGACUGUUACUACAUGACAAACCAACCAGACUUGUGCUCCCCCUCAAAAAAAAAAAAAAUCACAGUAGUUCACAAUGGUGACUGGCCAACUGCAACUGUGAUACUACUAUAACCAGUCCUAGCAAUCUGCUGUAGCAUGUCACCUGUGAGAACUCAGUGCAAUGUUGAAUAAAUUUGUGCCUUUUUGUUUGUUUUGUUUUUUGUUUAAUGAAUGUUUGCAUUGAACAGAUGUUUAACCUGCUAUUGAAUAGCAGACUUAUCAGGUGAAUUAACAAAUUCUGCUUGCAGCACUUUGCUUGAUACUGGGUUCUUAUGCAUUCAGUCUUAUUCUGCUGUGUGAGGAAGGAUUGAUCUUGGUGGUGGGUGUGGUGUCAAACACUAAAAGCAAAGUUGUUGCACUAAGACACUACUGUGGAGGUA